AAUAAAAUAGCGAAUUACUCACACGCCGUUUUUGCCGCCACUUCCGUAGCCACGGACACUUCAUUUUUCGGGGGAAGUAUUUUGCAGUGACACAUUUGAACUGUCAAGUUAAUCAUGUUUAUCUGUACAGCGAGGCAUCAUUUCCUGAGGAGCAGCUAUAUCUGUGGCAACUGGGCAAGACCAACUAACUUUACAUCGUGUUGCAACACCUUUGUCAAAAUAUGUUUUACUGUGACCUGUACUCCAAGGGCGUGGCAGAGACGGACCAGUGGUUGUGUUUACACUGAGAAAGACUUCAAUCAGGCGGAGAUCAUGGAGAAGCUGCAGGCCUUCUCUGGUGGAUCUAUAGAUCUUUCCAAACAAGACUCUGGCAUAGCUGUUCUCACCAUCAACAACCCUUCCCGCAUGAAUGCCUUUUCUGGUACUAUGAUGGUGGAACUGGAAGAGAAGGUGAGCCAACUGGAGCAGUGGACACAUGGAAAAGGCCUCAUAGUCCAGGGUGCUUCCGGUACCUUCUGCUCUGGCUCAGACCUUAAUGCUGUCAAAGCAAUUUCUAAGGCCCAAGAUGGCAUGAAGAUGUGCAUGUUCAUGCAAAAUACUCUCACUAGACUACUCAGGCUCUCUCUGAUCUCUGUUGCUCUUGUGGAGGGGAGAGCCUUAGGAGGAGGAGCAGAGCUUACUACUGCCUGUGAUUUCAGGUUGAUGGCACCUGGCAGUGUGAUCCAGUUUGUCCACAAACACAUGGGUCUGGUCCCAGGCUGGGGUGGGGCUGCUCGACUAAUCCAACUGGUUGGCAGCCAGAAUUCCCUGAAGCUGCUUGGCGGCGCUUCAAAAGUAGACCCCGAAUUUGGCCUCCAGAUAAGACUGGCAGAUGGAGUUCUUCAGGACCCGCGAGAUGAAGAAAGUGCAGGGACUCUCCUGCAGCAGGCUGAAAAGUGGCUAAGUCAUUGCACCAACGGGCCACCGGCAGUGAUCCAGGCUGUGAAGAAGGUAGUGCUGUCAGGAAGGGAGCUCCCUCUAGCUGACGCUUUAAGGACUGAGAAGGAUGUGUUUGGGACAGUGUGGGGUGGUCCAGCUAACCUGCAGGCACUAGCACGCCAAUCCAAACACAAAUGAGUACAUCAAAGGCGGUAGAAUUGUCUCAAUUUUAUUUAUGCUCCAUUUUUCUACUUUGUUAUUUCCAGUAUGGAAUAAAACCAGACAGCUAAGAUGAAGAACGUUCUUGCCAUUGAAGGAAAUAAAAGUUGCCUUGUGGGGUGGUAUUGCUUGGUUGGUAGAGCGGCUGUGCCAGCAACUUGAGGGUUGCAAGUUCGAUCCCCGCUUCCGCCAUCCUAGUCACUGCCGUUGUGUCCUUGGGCAAGACACUUUACCCACCUGCUCCCAGUGCCACCCACACUGGUUUAAAUGUAACUUGGAUAUUGGGUUUCACUAUGUAAAGCGCUUUGAGUCACUAGAGAAUAAGUGCUAUAUAAAUAUAAUUCACUUCACUUCACUAUGCGGUAGUUCACCAGCUAAAGGUCCUGUGUUACCGAUGCUGUGAGGAUGUGGCCACUCGAGAAUCAGCAGCACUUAGAUCCAGAUACUGAUAAGGCUUAUCACCUUCAAGUGUAUCUCCACGAAAAUAUAUUUCCGCUAUUUCUUUUUCUCAGCCAAAAUUAAGGACAGAAAACCUACCAAAUAAUAAGUUAUAAACAAUGCUUGCCUAUUGCAUAUUUAAUAAGACAAGGCUUUGGCUCCACUCGUGUUCUCUGUAGAAAUCUGGUCAAACAUACAAGGAUGUGGUCAAGAUGCUAUAUGUCCAUCCAUCAAUUUUCUAUCUCUUCUCCCUCUUGGAGUCGAGGGGGUGCUGGAGCCUAUCCCAGCUGCACUUGGGCAGAAGGCAGUGUACACCCUGGACAAGUGGUCACCUCAUUGUAGAUAAGACAACAUUCACACACUAGGGCCAAUUUAGCGUUGCCAAUCCACCUAUCUCAAGUUUUUGGAGAUGAAAGGAAGACAAAGGGAACCCACGCAGACAUGGAGAGAACAUGCAAGCUCUACACUUGGCCCCGGGGAUCGAAGCCAGGAUCUUCGUUUUGUAAGACAAAUGCACUAACCCCUGUUCCACAGUGUUGCCCUAUGCCAAACAUCGUAAAAUAAAUUGGGAAUGGAGGUGAAUUCAAGGUUUGAAAGUUUCCAAUGUAUACAUGUUCUAAGAAAGCUAACAUUUACAUUUGUGAACGCUGCAUCAUAUUUACAUGCAUACACAUUACCUUAAUUUACAGGUGCCAAACUCUUGGCCAAGGGAUCCUCUUCCAUCUGCCACAUUAUUGUAUAUGGUCCAUGCUAUGCGAUUUCUGAGUUGAAUCGCAAAAUGGAUCUCAUCUUGGAAAAGUUUGCAGAGAAGGAAUUAUUAAUUGGAAUGAAGAAAAUCCAGCAUGGACAACAGAGAGAUAAGUCACUAUUUUUGUCUCCUCGAAGAAAAAACAACUUCUUAAUCUACGAUUUGGACUCCCUUGAAUGGCCUUGGCAUGGGAACGGGCUGUUCUGAAGAUAAUCUCCCGAGGCCUCUUCAAAGAUGGACGCUUUUGACUUUCCUUUUUGUCAACAACACCUGUAGCUGAACUUUAUCGGCCUCAGGCAUACAAAAACAUUCAUCAUCUCUCCCAAAGUUAUUUGGGUAUAUACGCACACACAUGACCCCCACCCUUCAAAUCAACGCCUUCACCACUGCUUAAUUCCUCUGGGGCUGUGGAUGGCUGAGCAGCGCUAUACAGCGGCAGUGAGUCUCUUCAGACCCACCCCCUCCCUCGUAUACGUACUAUGUCUGUGUGCCAUGCUAUGUGAGUUUUUUUCCUUGGACUUAGUCUGGACCCCUCCUGAGGGUCUAGCCUUGGACUGAUAUUUUUUUACUCCCUCUCCUCUCACCCAAUGUUACCCUUUUCUCACCUUUUUAAGGAGCGCCAUAAAAAUGGCUGAUCCGUUGGCGGUCCCGUCUUGUCUCCCUGUAAUGUAUGUCUGCUCUUAGCGGGACUUGUACCAAAAAAAUCAAUCUCGUUGUACUUGUGCAAUGACAAUAAAGAUCUAUUCUAUUCUAUGCUAAUACCUGUGAAUAAUAUACGUCAAUAAAGUACCUUAUCUUUU